AAAGCGGAACGACUGGAGGUUGAGCUCAUUGGACACGAUUUCACGGGAUUGGGGUUUAAUAUAUGCGGGAAUAUGAGGGAUGGCAUCUUCGUGAAAGAUGUGCUACACAGAGGACCGGCUAAUGAGUCUAAACUGGUUAAAGCAGGCGACCGAAUAGUUAGCGUUUGUGUGUCAUUCGAGUCGAUGGUGUUUGAGGACGCGGUCGCUAUCCUUAGCUAUGCCUCGCCUUAUAAUGUGAAGAUAGAGCUGCAAAAGGGCUCUCAUUAUCCAAUUGUCGACAGAUUCACUAACACUUUAAACGCUAAUAAAAAUUUGACGUCAAAUACCAAUAAAUCAUUACUUCAUCCCUUAUAUCGAAGUCAAUCAGUUGAUGAUUUGACGCAAAUUACAAAAGACACCUCUUUAUCAGAAAAGAGCACAUAUUCUGAUGGAAAUAAUGUGAAAGAAGUUUCAAUAGAAAUGCCUCAAAUCGAUGCAAAUACCAAUAGAGCUGAUCAAAUAGAUUCGGAUGCAGACAAACAUUUAGAUCUUAAAAGUGAUCUUAAACUCGAAGAAAAGAGUGAUUUGAAGGAUACUGUAACUGAAAGCCAAACGGUUAAGAAGCAAGUGGUUCCGGCUAAGCGAAAAGGAAGGGCACCACAACCUCCCUGUGAUGUGGCCCCACAAACAUCUUCUAUGGAUUCGCUCGUUUCAAACAACACUCCAACGGUUGAAACCAUCGAAACAACGGCUCAGAUCCAUAACGAAGAGAUUUCAAUAGAGAUUCCAUUAGAGAAUUGUGGAGAGACUGAGCAAACAUUGUCUAAAAAAGAGACAAAUGAGUUAGAAAUAAGUGAAAGCUCCUCAAUGCCAUUAGAGUCAAGCUCUCCUCAAAGGGUUCAGAGUCCGACAGGAAAACCAAAAUCUUCAUCAUUGAGUGACUUAACCAUUAAUAACGAUAAAUUACAAUCAGCUCUAUUAGAGAGAGCCGUCUCUCUUGAUAUGAAAGGACAGAGUCUUCCCGAAGAAAAUCUCAAUAAUAUCCACACAAAGAAUAAUUAUGUGUCACAUAUCAGUGUGGAAGUGCCACCAAUAACUUCAACACCAAUCAAAACUAACCAAAACAACAUCAGUGAGAGUAUAGACUCCAGUCUAUUGAACCCAAGUUUAUCGUUGUCUGGAGUGGAGUCGAGUAUGAGUCCAGAACUGACACUCAUUGAUAAUAACAGUGAGAGUAUGUCUAAAAAUACUGACAAAGAAGACAAUUGCAAAGAAUUGGUUGAAUCCAAUAAUAACCAAACGAAAGAAGUGAUAGAAUUGAGUGAAAGUGAGUUAAACCAUUGCAUGAUGUCUCACAAGCAGUUCCUCCAGAAGAAGGCUAAAACGAACGGCUCGUAUACACCGGUGAGUCCGCCAACGAAGAACACAAUUCUCAUCGAACCUCCAUUUGAAUCGUUAGACUUUGAGUCCUGGAGUUAUGUGAGUGAAGAGGAUAACUCUAACCCAAACCAAACCCAAUCCCAAAGUGAAGACACACUUUAUAGGACUGCACUCGAUAUGAGUGCAAAUAAUUCUGAUUCUGAUCAUUCUUUAAAGACUAGAAAACUUCCGGAAGUGUCAGGAAUUACAUUAAAGACUAAUCAGACGACUGGAGAGAGCGGACACAUCACUGAUUCUAACGCUAUAUUCAUCUCUACUAACGACUCACUUGACUCUUCGUUCACCUCUUCAUCUUCUUCUCCAUCCAAAUAA